CCCGUUAGUAGCCGCGGCCAUGGCGGCGCGCUUGCGGCCCUCACAGCUCCCUCCGCCCGCCGCGCGACAGUUGGGGCCCGGGUCCCCACGUGUUGGGCUGGGAGCUAUGGCACACGAAGUGCUAAGCGACACUUCGGGUCUUGCGGGCGCAGCGCGGGAGGGCGUCAUGGACAAAAGCGAUUUACCCCGGCGGGGCGAAGAAGGGUCAGAGGGCCAGCGAGGGCCAGGGCGGACAGCUGCGGCUCAGGCUCCCCUCCACAGCGCGCCCAUGGGGUCCAUGCGACUAGAGGGCAUCUCGGUAGAGGAGGCGAUGGUGACCCGGACGCAGCUGCUGGAGGAAGAGCUGAGCAGCGUAAAGGAGGAGCUGGCCGUGUGUCAGGCUGAUAAAGAAUUCGUAUGGUCUUUGUGGAAACGUCUCCAGGUGACAAACCCAGAUCUCACGCAAGCAAUCAGUUUGGUUGUGGAAAGAGAAAAACAGAAAUCUGAAGCAAAAGACAGAAAAGUUUUAGAAAUUCUGCAAAUCAAGGAUGCUAAAAUAGAAGAAUUGGAACAGAGAGAAUCAGGACUAAAACAGGAAAUAAAUGACCUUGUAAAACGGAAGGUUGCAGUAGAUGAAGAAAAUGCUUUCUUAAGGAAAGAAUUCAGUGACUUGCAGAAGAAAUUUAAAGAUAAAAGUCAAGAAGUUAAGGACACUAAGGAGUGUGUACAGAAUAAGGAAGAGCAAAACAGACUGGUUAUAAAAAAUCUGAAGGAGAAAAAUGAGAAAUUAAGUACCCACUGCGCUGACCUGCUAAAUGACCUGGAAAAACUGAGGAAGCAGGAAGCACAUUGGAGAAAAGAAAAGUAUAGCAUUGAUGCAAAAAUAAAGGCCUUUGAAGACAAUUUAAUCGAAGCAAGGAAAGAAAUUGAAGUAUCACAGAGUAAAUAUAAUGCUCUAUCAUUACAGUUGAAUAAUAAACAGACUGAACUUAUCCAGAAGGAUAUGGAUAUUACCCUGGUCAGGCAAGAGUUGCAGGAGCUGCAGAAUCUGUACAAACAGAACAGUGCACAUACAGCACAGCAAGCAGAACUGAUCCAACAGCUUCAGCUUCUGAAUAUGGACACACAGAAGGUACUGAGGAACCAGGAAGAUGUUCACACAGCUGAAAGUAUAUCAUAUCAAAAACUUUACAAUGAGUUACAUAUUUGGUUUGAAACCACAAAAUCAAGUGAAGCUAUGCUCCGACAAAGUGUUGUUAAUCUUCAGGAUAAGCUAUUUCAAAAAGAGCGGGAAAACGCUAAAUUAAAAGAAAAGCUUCAGGAGUCACAAGGAGCACUCUAUCCUUUACCUCAAGAAUGUGAUUCAGACCACUCAGAACAGGAACCACCUGUGAAACGCUCAAGGUCUUUGUCCCCAAAGAGCCCUUUCUUAGACUCAGAGGAGCUAAAGAAGCUGAGAAAUGCUGAAAGAAAGAUUGAAAACUUAGAGAAGGUACUACAGCUAAAGAGCCAAGAAAAUGAUGAGCUAAGAGAUGCCCAUGAAAAACACAAGGAAAGGCUACAGAUGUUACAGACCAACUACAGAGCAGUAAAAGAGCAAUUAAAACAGUGGGAAGAAGGCAGUGGCAUGAUGGAAAUCAGGAAAAUAAAGAGAGCAGAUCCCCAAAAACUUCGACAAGAAGAUUCUGAUGCUGUAUGGAAUGAACUGGCCUAUUUCAAAAGGGAGAACCAGGAGCUAAUGAUUCAAAAGAUGAAUCUUCAAGAAGAAUUGGAUAAACUUAAGGUACAUAUGUCUGUUGAUAAAGCAACAAUACAAGAAUUGAAUACAUUUAUGGCAGAGAGAAGAGAAGAAGAACUCUUUAGAUACGGUGAAGAUGAUGGGGUCAAGAAGAGUACUCCAGAGAAGAAUCGGAAAGAAAUGUCGGAGCAGACAUUGCAGAAGGUCAUUGAAUUGGAAAAUCGGCUAAAAUCUUUUGAGAAAAGGUCAAGAAAAUUAAAAGAAGGGAAUAAAAAAUUAAUAAAAGAAAAUGAUUUCCUGAAAUCCCUUGUAAAACAGCAGCAAGAAGACGCAAAGACCAGAGAAAAAGAGGUGGAACAACUGCAAAAGGGAAGUAAAGAUGUAGAAAAAGACAAAGCUGAACUUCAAGUAAAACUCAGUGAGCUGGAGAUAGAAGUCACUUCCCUAAGGAGACAAGUGGCAGAAGCUAAUGAGUUGAGAAAUGAAAAUGAAGAGCUGAUGAAUUCAGUAGAGAAAUUACAGCGUUCAGCAGACAAAGCUAAAUCUGAGAUGGCCACCACGGAAGUGAGAUCUGGAUCUAGACAAUCUGAUUGUAAGGCAACCACUACCAAGGUUAAAUUUAAAGCGGCCAAGAAAAAGCGCUCCGUGGGUCGUUACCACACUGUUCUCAAUCACUCCAUCAAGGUCAUGAGCAAUGUGUUUGAGAACCUCAGCAAGGACGACUGGGAGGAUGUGUGCGAAAGCAGUGAUUCUGAAGCACAGACCGUACAAAAUUUGGGAACAAUUAUUGUAGAAACAUCCCAGAAAAUAAGUCCUACAGAGGAUAGAGGAGACCAGAAAGAAAGCCAAACAGAAGACAGCCAAAUGCAAGGCAAAGAAAUAGUACAAAUACAUCCAAAUGUAGAUGGAAAGACUCCAAAGAAUUAUUUUCACAAGAAUGCCAAAAAACCAACUUUUCAAAAGAAGAAUAGUAAUAUUCAAAAGAGUUCACAUACGACAGGUCCUACCAGAGUUAACAGAGAAAACUGGAAAAAGAUAACGGCCCAGAAGUCAAGUAGCAGUAUUAUUUUAUUACGAGAACGUAUAGUAUCCUUGCAACAACAGAACAGUGUACUUUUGAAUGCCAAAAAAGCAGCAGAACUGUCUAUUAAAGAAUAUAAAGGAGUCAAUGAAAAGCUCCUUCACCAGCAGCAAGUGUCUGAUCAGCGGUUUCAAACAAGCAGACAGACAAUAAAGAAGCUAAAUUCGGAUUUGGCUGAGCUUCGGAAAGAAAAAGAAGAUUUACUAAAGAAAUUGGAGCCUUCAUCCGAAAUCACAAGUUUGGCUGAAGAAGUUGCCCAGGUAACAGUUCCACGGAUACAAGUUACAUCACUUGGCCCUUCAAGGAGCAUGGAUUUGGAAAUGAAGCAAUUGCACUGUAAACUAAAGAAUGCAACUAAUGAACUCACUAAACAAUCAUCAAACUUGAAGUCUCUGAAAUCUGAACUCCUAGCAAAAGAAGAACACAUAAAGGAAAUGCAUGAAAAGAUGUCUCGAAUGGAGAGAGAUAUAACCAUGAAAAGACAUUUGAUAGAGGACUUGAAAUUUCGACAGAAAGUAAAUUUGGAAAGUAAUGAGAGUAUUAAUGGAAUGCUAGAAAAUCUUGAAAAAAAGGUGAAGACAUUAACUGAAGAGUGUUCCAACAAGAAGGUAUCAAUCGAUUCACUAAAGCAAAGACUUAGUGUCGCUGUAAAAGAGAAGUCACAGUAUGAACAGAUGUAUCAGAGAACUAAAGAGGAGUUAGAAAAAAAGGAUCUCAAGCUUACUUUCCUCAUAUCAAAAAUAAAUGAGACUGAAUUUGCUAUGGCAGAAAUUGAAACAGCAGCAUCUAAGCAUCUUCAAGGAUUAGCAAUGCAAAGUGAGCAGGCCCUAGAAGGUGCACAGAAGAAAUUGCUGCUAGCCAAUGAGAAAGUGGAAGAGUUCACCAUAUUUGUGAAGGCUUUGGUCAGAGAGUUACAAAAUGAUGUCCAUUCAAUAAGGCGACAAAUCAGAGAACUUAAAAAGGUGCAGAAAAACAGGGAUGCUUGUAAAACCUCAACCCGUAAAGCCCAGACCUUGGCAGCAUCUAUCCUGAACAUUUCACGGUCAGAUCUAGAGGAAAUAUUGGACACAGAAGAUGAAGAAGAAAUCGAAAGGACAAAGAUCGAUGCUGAAAAUGACAAGGAAUGGCUGUUGUACAUUCAGAAACUUCUUGAAGGACAGCUUCCUUUGGCCACAUAUUUACUAGAAGCAGUACUGGAGAAAAUAAAUGAGAAAAAGAAACUAGUUGAAGAAUAUUUUGCAAUUUUGAAAGAUAUUAGAUGAUAUUAUGAUUAAGAACAUUUUUUCAAACGUGAAAACUUUAUGUGGUGUGAUCGGAAAACAUGCAUCGCAGUCCUGAUAACAGUAUCUGCUCCAACUAUCAAUAGUCAGGGUCAAUACCAAAAUAGAAGUCUGUGAAACCAAUUAAUUGCUGCACAAGUGAAACUAAUUAAGUGCACAGCCAUUUAGAAGGAAAUAGUGUAGCAUUUGAUUGUUGAAUACAAAUAUUGCCACAAAUCAAUGCAAACUUGAAAAUGAUAUUCUUUCCAGUACAAUUAGAAGGAAUUAGAACAAGCUUGGCAUACACAAUUGGUCUGAAUAUCAAAAGAAAAAAGUGUGAACUGAGGAUUUAAUGUUCUGAGUUUUAUAAAGAAACUACACUUUUUAUGUAAACCUGCUAUAAAUGGCCUUAAAUCACCUGAUAAGCAACACAUUUGUAUUGUAAGCAAAUAUAAAGUAAAGCAUUAUCACUUAAGGAUGAGCAUUUAAUGAAAUAAAUGGUGUGGUCCAAUUGUAUCUAUUAUCAGUCUACUGGAUUAUAUAGGAGAUAUUGUAUUUUCCUAGAACAGUUCAGCAAAAAUAAAAACAUUUUCUCCUUUGCUCCCUCUUUUUUUUUUUUUAACUCACAGUAUUUUGUGUGGUCAUAUAAAUUAGCAAGGGCCACAAACUCAGUGUUUUAGUUAGGCUAGUCCUCACAGUGUGCUAAUUAAAUUAAAUUCUUAACAAUGGGCAUCCAUCCUUAUUUAGAUUCCCGAACAUUCCCAAGCCAUUUCUCGUCUUUCUGUGUUGCUGCCACACCUGACUUUUUGGUUCUUCCAAUUCACCAGACUUGUGCCUGCCUCCAGCCUUUGCCCUUGCUGUUCUCUUUGUAGAAUACUCUGUACUCUUUUCUUAUGACUGGCUCCUGCGUAUCAUUCAGGUUUGCAUUACAUAUUUCCUCAAAGAAGCAUUCCCUGGCCAUCUUGCUAUUAAUUUCCUUUAUAACACAAAAGCAUCUUUUACCUCUUCACUUACUUAUUUUCUUGUUUUCCCCCCUCCCCUGCUUCAAAAUAUAGAUCCCGGGCUUCCCUGGUGGCGCAGUGGUUGAGAGUCCACCUGCCGAUGCAGGGGACACGGGUUCGUGCCCUGGUCUGGGAAGAUCCCACAUGCUGCGGAGCGGCUGGGCCCGUGAGCCAUGGCCGCUGGGCCUGCGCGUCCGGACCCUGUGCUCCGCAACGGGAGAGGCCACAACAGUGAGAGUCCCGCGUGCCGCAAAACAAAACAAAAUAAAAUAUAGAUCCCAUGAGGUUAAGGCAGGGGUUGGCAAAUCAUGACCCACAGGCCAAAUCUGGCCUGCCACCUGUCUUUGUGUGGCCUACAGUAAGCUAAGAAUGAUAUUUACAUUGUUAAAUGCUUUAAAAACAAAAAGAAUUACAUUUUGCAGCAUGUGAAAGUUAUAUAAAUUCAAGU